GACAUGUUUCAACUAAACACCGGUCUAUAUAUUUAUGGCGGUAUUUGCGGCGUGAUUCGAUAAUUUGGAAUUAUUUCUAUCUCUGCUGUUUUGUCUUUCUUUUCCUUAAAAUGUCUCCUAGUUUAAAACUACUCAUUGUUCUAAUUGUCAAUUCGGCUUUACUGAUCGGGGUACUGGACGUAAUAUUCAAUGUGGAGCGCAACGGUUGUGAAAUGACAUAUAUGUAUGAAAACCCAGAAUAUAUUAGAGUACCCCUGUCAUCAAAAAUGCUGUCCAAAUUCCCAAAAUACAAUUUGUACGUCUAUGGAGAAGGCUUUUAUGCACAAUCAUUAAGAAGCUUCAAUUUGCACGGUAUCCCGGUUUUAUUUAUUCCUGGCAAUUCUGGAAGUCAUAAACAAGUCCGUUCCUUAGCAUCGGUGGCUUUCAGGAAAUCUGAAAAUUUACCAUUCCUUUUCAACUACUUCUCUGUUGAUCUAAAUGAGGAAAUCUCUGCACUGAAUGGCGGAACUCUUCAAGAUCAGACAGAAUUCGUUGGGUUUUGCGUGAAAAAGAUUCUGAGGUUGUACAAGAAGGCCCGAAAUCCCCCAAGUUCAGUUGUUGUUAUUGGUCAUUCUAUGGGAGGACUUGUUGCCCGUGCCCUAUUCACUCUCCCGGACUUUGACAGCAGUUCCAUCCAUACCAUUAUUACUCUGGCUACUCCACACCAAAGUCCAGUGAUCGUAUUAGACAACUACGUGUCCCGUUUCUAUGAGAAAGUCAAUGAAUACUGGAUUGACAAUAGCCAUACGACCCUGGCUAAUAUUACCAUUUUGUCUACUGGUGGCGGCGAACGGGAUUACCAGGUUCCAGUAUGGGCAACAUCUUUGGAUAAUAUUGUCCUGAAUGGUUUAGGAAUCAGCACCGUGACCACAUCAAUUCCCAAUGCCUGGGUGUCGACCGACCAUCUUUGUACUGUUUGGUGUCGUCAAAUUGUAUUAAUCAUAAACCGAGCGUUAUUUGACAUGGUGGACCGAAAUACCAACCAGAUAACUAGUAAUGCCGACUUUAGACUGAAAGUGCUCAAUACUUAUGUCCACAACCAUCCUGGUAAAAUCGGUCCUAUGAGGUCUUGGAAGAAAAAAAUCAAUAUUGAAGCUAAGGCUCCGUGGAUUUUGAAAGAAGAGACUUCUUUGAGAUAUUCUGAAGAGAGGGUCACUAAACUGAAGUAUGUGGUGAUCCCAGUAGCGACUAAGGAUCUGGACCAGUUUAUUGCAGUUAGCAAUGUGCACUCCGAUUCUUGGGUCUGUGGUUGUAAAAUUCCUGAAGGUAAACAGCGUUGUGACACAUGCACUAAUCUUGCAGACAAGGGACAUGCUCUACUUCCCAGGAACUCCAACAAAAAGUAUGUUCUGCUAGAAGUUUCUGAAUUGGCUGAGUAUUCUCACAUCAUUCUUGUCAUUGCACCAAACCUUCCUCCGGUUUCAGUGAGUGCGGAAUUCUAUUCCAGUAAUGAGCGCCACCUGUUGAGCCCUUUACCAACAUGGUUCACACUGCCCUUCACGUUUUCCCGAAAUGCCAUGUAUUACCGAAUGCACUUCCAAAACAAGAACAACAUCCUCAAAGCAUACAACAUCCAUCUGAUUCCACAAAACUGCAAAACUUCCAGCAGUGAAGAUGAUGAUGCUGGCAGCGUUAUGUCAUUGAAAUUUUCCUGGACCAAUCUCUCGACUUACAAGUUUAUUCGGAAGAACGAAGCUGGUAACAUAACUUUGAAGUUAUUGGUACCAAUUCCAGACUAUAUCAAUCAAGCUGAUGCUUCAUUGCAUUUAUUCUUGAACCCUGACUGCAACUAUGGACUGAAAAUUGACUGGGCUCUCAAAGAGACUCUGGGCCAGUUUAUGCGACACUACGCCUCCCUAAUGCCUGCCUUCUGUGUUGCACACCUCCUGCUGGCCCUUAACUUGGUACUCACCUCCAGGAGAAGAAACCGACAAAUCACAAUAAUGGAUGCUGUCUGGGCCCAGAAAACUGACUGGAUUGUUGUGUUACCUCUGGUGUACAUUGUCGAAUGUGUACUUAGCCAUGAAUUUUUUGCUCCAUAUUUUGACUGGUUACCAACUUACAAUAGUGAUGGUCUACAGACUCGAGGAAUCUGGGGCAAAAGCAGUCCACCUCUACUGGCUGCUGUCACUUUUGCCAUCACUUAUUUCCAUGUGGCGUUUGUUACGCUGUUCUUCAAAGUUGCCCGCCUCGUUUUCUCUUUCUUGAUUGGUCAAUCACGGCUGUUCUUCGUCUUCUGCUAUAUUCUCCUGGCCAUUGUGCUGAUCUUCUCUCUGGUUGUGGCCAAGUCAUUGUGCGGAAGCAUCAGUAUUUUACUCUCUUAUAUGAUCUACUUUUUUAAGGUAAUUUAUGUUGGUGAACAAGUGAAGAAAUCCAACCAUUCCAGCCGAAACCUUAACUUUGCCCUUCACCAGUUGAUCUGGGUCCUUUGGCAAUGGUUGAUGAUCUUCAAUAUGGCUCCUUUGAUAGCCUGGCAACGACAACUGCCGAAGAAAUUACAAUUGACUCCUGACUCCAGUCAAAUAAUUGGAUUCGUCACACCUUUCUGUAUUUCCCUUCUCUGCAUCUGUAAUAACAUUGUUGACAGGAUCAACCAAAGUAUCGUUUCUCCUGUCUUUUAUGUGUGCGUGCUUGCCAUUCUGUUGUAUGGCACAGUCCACCUCUACUGCGUAAGUAUGUUUGUGCUGGUGCCAAUCGGCCUACUCUCGCUCUUCAGUCUGAGACCACUAAAAGAUGGUGAGUAAUUCUUCAAACGGAGCAGCAGCGUCAUCAAAAUUGAUAAAAGAACUCUUUUGCCGUGUAGUCAGACAUUGACAGUUUUCAAAUGCAUUUUUUUUUUCUAGAAUUUUAUUUUUCUAUUUUUUACUAAUAUAUAUAUAUAAUUUUUUUUUUUUUUGUAAUUUCAAAUUGAUAAAACCGGGAUUUUUUUUUUUUUUAACUAGUCGAAAUUAAUUAAGGAGGUACUCAGAGUUUAAAUUACCAUUUUAAUCUCAGUUCCAAAUACAAUUUU